GAUCCAUUUCACUCUGCCCAGCCCAGCAGCCGCUGCUUCACUACACUAGCCAGCGUCUUAUCUUUUGGCAACUCAACUCGCUUGAGCGAAAUGGCCCUGGCUGGCAGGCUACUCGUCCUCGUCCUCAUCGCCGUCGCUCUUCUCGCCGUCUCCAUCGCCGAGCACAAGGUGUCUGCCUCAGGGACCGAAGAGCAUGAGGAUAAUGUGUACCGGGUGAGCAAGGGAGGACAGGGCAGUCUCAAGAUAUACCAGUGCAAGCCGGUGUGCGAGUACCGGUGCAGCGACACCAAGUACAGGAAGCCGUGCCUCUUCUUCUGCAACAAGUGCUGCAACACCUGCCUGUGCGUGCCGUCGGGCUUCUACGGCCACAAGUACGAGUGCCCCUGCUACAACAACUGGAAGACCAAGGAGGGACGCCCCAAGUGCCCUUAGUUGCAAAAAAGGAUUCUGCCUCGCCGUUGAAGCCAUUGCUAGAUCGGCCAAGCCAGAGCCGGAUAGUUACAUGUACUCACUAUAUAAACUAAUAUAAAAGCAUUUAGAUCAUUAAAAUAGUGAUCCAAACGUUCUUAUAUUAGUUUAUGGAGGGAGUAACAGGUUUCAGGCUGCUUCGGGCGACACUGGUGUGAAAGAAGUGAACUCAGAAUACUCGAUCAAUCUGGGUUGUUGUUGUGGAAUGUGUCCGCCUGUUUUCUGCGAUUCCAGGCAGCUGACGCGGUUGUAUCUGAAAAUUGUUCGUCAGAUAAUUGGAUAAUGGUCAUCAACUAUUUUUCAAAUACGAAAA